AUGCCGGGCUCCUCGCGAAUGCCAAUCAGCCUACGGGAGAGCUUGAAUAGCGUCAAGCGAUCACGGCCGAGCAACCCGUGGCAGGUCAUCAACCUCGACUUGCUCCGCAACAUCGUCUUCUUCCUCUUCGUGCUCCGCCUCGUCCGCCGGACCUUCUGGAAGCUCAAGGGCCGCGGGCUCCUCGGCACCAUCGCCGAGCUCUACACCGACACGCGCCGCAUACUAUACGGCUACUUCCUGCGGGCGCCGGGCGUGCGCUCGCAGGUGCGCAAACAAGUCAAUGAGUCGCUGGCAAAAGUCCAGGCCAAGAUGAUCCCCGCCGGCGGCUCGCGGUACCUAGCACUACCAAAAGAGGGCUGGACCGACGAGGCCCUGCGCACGGAGCUCGAGGCCCUGGCCGCCAUGGACCACACGCGCUGGGAGGACGGCUUCGUGUCUGGCGCCGUGUAUCAUGGGGAAGAUGGUUUGCUGAAGCUGCAGACGGAGGCCUAUGGCAAGUUCACGGUCGCGAACCCGAUCCAUCCGGACGUGUUCCCCGGCGUGCGCAAGAUGGAGGCCGAGGUCGUGGCCAUGGUGCUGUCGCUGUUCCAUGCAACAUCACAAGGAGGGUCAUCAUGUUGA